AUGUUGUGGUGGUUUCAUGUUACCGAAGUAUCCUGCAUGUCCCUGGGAUCCGAUCCCGUGGCCUUUCUGCGCCAGGACACAGACAGUCUAGAGCAAUUCCAGGAACCAGUCUCUACCGCUUUUAUCCUCUCUAACGACUCCAAAUGCUUGCACGCCUCUCUCAUGCAGGUCGCUUCCCAUGACGGUGCCCGGCCCGCGCACGACAAGGCAGAAGAACGGCCAGAAGGGGCCGAUGCAGAUGCAGGUGAGCCACCUUGUCGGCCCACACGAUCGUACGAUCUACUUGGGUCGCGCGUUGUUCUUUCAGAGGGCGACGCUGCGCUCACAAACACAGGUUGGCGCACCUGGGCAGGCGGAUGGCUCCUCGCCAAGCAUCUCGAGGACACGCACUUGGAGCAGCCCAGACGUGUUCUGGACCUUUCUUGCGGCACAGGCCUUGCAGGCAUAGCGCUGGCCAAAGCUGGACAUGAGGUCGUCCUUUGCGACUUGCCCAUGAACGUUCAGACAGUCAAGGACAACUUGGCCAGAAACCGUUGUGCUCAAUGUCCUUUUGUUGAACGAGCCUGUGCCGUCGGCUACACCUGGGGCAGACCGCUGCCAAAGGAGCUGCAGCAGCCCUUCGAUGUGGUACUGUGCGGUGAUCUCUUAUAUCACGUGUGGAGUGGCAAGCUGCAGCAGGAGUUCCUGCAAACCCUGCAGGAAGUUUGCUGUCGCAAGCGACCAGGCCCUGCUAUUGUCUUUGCGGGCCAAGUGCGUAGCGGCCGGCAAGAGAAUCAGGUGACUGGGUACAUUGCCGACCAUCUUGGAUACAACGAGGUGCCAGUCUGCUUGGAUCCAACAUGGUUCCGCCAAACUGGAUCUCCGUUGGUCGCAGAUGCAAAAUACAGGCUGUUGCGGUUGGAGCCGCAGCCGUAG